AUGGAUGAUACCGUAAAGGUCGAAGUCAAACUGGCGGUAUUGUUGCCAGGUAUGAUUGCUGAUCUCGCUUUCAAUUACAUGGUCAAUCAAGGUGCCGGAAAAACCGAACAGAUCAUGAAGGUCUUCAACUCUACAGUCAUUGAGUCACUCAACAACUACGACGACGUCUACAGCAACAUUGAAACAUUGGUCGACAACGGUUACAACUACAUCAUGACCAGCGAUCUCUCACAACAGGAAGCCGCCUUUGACGCCGCCAACCGUUGGAGUGUCAAAAAACAAGUGUACUUCUUGAUUCGUUCCGACGGUAGUUACUCGUCGAAAUCGACAUUGGUAUCGACCUACGACAUCAAUCCAGUCUCGCCAUUCUACAUGCUCGGAUACAUUGCCGGUUUGCAAUCGGCUCAGAUGACCAACAAGAUCGGAUUGGUCGUUCCAGGUCCAGACACUGAGAACUAUUACACUGCCAACGCAUUCUAUGCCGGUGCCAACAAAGCCAAUCCAAACGCCAAGCUCUACACUGUCUCCACUUCAUCGUAUGACGACGCUGACACUGCUGGCGGUGCAAUCGAUCGUUUGAGUAAACUCAAGAUUGACAUUGUCAGUCAAUCGCAAACUAGCAACCAAGUUUGUGAAGCAUUCGUACACAAUGGAACAUUCGGACUUGGAUCCAAUGGAUUCCCAUACGAAUCGAUCCUCGGUGGUUCCGUCAUCCAGAGUAUCGUCAUGAAUUUCGAGACCAUCUUUUCCUACGUCGGAGUCACAAUUCAAUACCAAAACUACACUCAAAACGAUUAUUAUUUAGAUUUCAAUUCUGGUUUCUAUACAUUGGAUCGUUAUUCAUUCAUUGUUGAUGAUAAUUUCAAAUCAAUGUCAAAUGCAGUCUAUAAUGAUUUGAGAUCAAAGAAUGCUGCCGAUCAUCCAUAUCUUUGUAAUCCAUUGAACAAACCAAUGUUUGGAGAUAAUUGUAUCAAGUUUGGACAAAUGUUGGGAAUGGAGCAAUUAUACAGUCAAAUCGAUGAUCAAGGAUACUUUGCUAUGCCAACCACUGAGAUCUACGAUCGUAAGCAAAUCAACUCUGCCUUUGUUUCGGUUUCCGCCAUCCAAAUCGGUGUUGCCUUUAUCUUUUUCGUGCUCUGCAUCGUCUUUAAGAAGAGAUUGCCCAUUCAAUACUCGAACAUCUUGUUCUGUUUCGGUUUGGGAUUCGGUGCAAUCUUGGUGCCAAUCGGUGUCAUCUUAUUCAACACUCACCAAAAGACCACCGGUAUCUGCACCUCGCGUAUCUGGAUGUUGUCACUCGGUUACAACUUCCUCAUCGGUCUCAUGAUCAUCAAGAACACCCGUAUCUACUUCAAGUUCAAACAACUCCUCGAAACACGUUCCGACGAGAUCUCGCCAAUUCCACCCGCGCAAGUCUACAGCUGGUACACCGGUUUGCUCCUCGUCAACAUUUUGCUGCUCGCCCUUUACACCGGUGUCGGAAACCCCUCCAACCACGACUCUCUCGGAUUGGACGGCAUCGGUAAAUACGAGUACACUCAAAACUGCGUCAACAACAAAGCCGGUGACAAUAUCAUCUAUGCUCUGCUCGUUUUCCACGGUUUACAGUUGCUCUACGGUUGCUUGAUCUCCUGGAAGACAAGAACCAUAGAUCUCGAAGAGUUUGAAGAGACACACGAAUUCGCCAGUGCCAUCUACUUGAUCAGUUUCACACUGUUCAUUGUCAUCCCAUUGAUGGCCGGUAUCGAGAACCAACGUUCGCGUGACGCCAUCAUCUCUUCGAUGGCCGUCUUCACCACUUUCACAACAUUGCUCAUCAUUUUCGGUUCCAAGAUGUGGAAGAUCUACAAGCCAGUAGAAGACGACGGUCUUCCACAGAUCAAGAUGCAACAACUUCCAGACAAACGUCGUGGAAAGACCUCACCAUACAAUCAUUCGACACUCACCAAAUCAGCAUUCCUCACCGCCGUUGUCAACCCAACAGGAUCAUCUUCAUUCAAAGAUCCAGCCGAUAAUUAA